AAGUGUAAAGUCUGACGAGGUCACAGAGUAACAGCAUCAUCUCUUUAAAGAUGGCGGGAGUCGCCUCGCUUUGAGGCUGCAGCGAAAUUGAUGAGACGACGAUGACGACGAUGAUGCGAGGGGAGAUGCAAAAUGUGAUGUGAGCAAGAGAGAAGAGAUGCUAUAUAUGUCUCCUAGACGAAAGGAGACGAAGAAGUGUGUGUGUAUGUAUGUGGGGCAGAGCUAAAUAAUGUAUUUGAAGAAAGCUAAACGCUACUUUGAUGUUCCGGACACUAAGGAUGUCGGAGAGAAACGGGAGAGAAACUGUGGACAGUCUAACAGUCAUGCCAUCUGUAUGGGGAUGCUGAGAGCUGCCAACAGUUCCUCAUCUGCUGCUCUACCGACCACAACAGCCGAUGUUUUGUCGUUUGUCAACGAUGAUUUGGCCGUCGAACAACAGACUACUCCGACUGAAAGCGAGAAGGAAUUCCACCCCGAAGAUUUACCGGACGGGGCUUGCUUUCGACCGAAAAGCGUCCUUGUCAAUUCUGACACCGACCAUACUGCUAUACGACCGGCCGAGUACAUCGGUUCAUUCUCAGUGAUUGGAGUAGACCAAGGUAUGAGAACUAAUUUUGUGAAGAAGCAUCUCGAAGACAUGAGGGAUGUGGUGAAGAGUAUCAAAGUGUUGCUGGUCAUUUCAUUGUCUGGUGUGAAAGUAUGUAGUAGCAAAGGGGAGAGUGUGUACAUGGCUCAUGCCUUAAAACGAAUAUCCUUUGCUACCUGUGACCCGGAUUAUUGCCAGUUCUCUUUUCUUGCCAGAGAGCCGAAAGGACAGAUCAAUGUUCAGUUCUGUCAUGCUUUUGUCACCCGCAACUCUCCAGAAGCUGAAGAACUUAACACUAUCAUCGGGAAUGCUUUCAAGAUGGCCUACGCACAGCAACGUCAACGGCAGCCAACAUUCAAUGAGCUGAUUGAGCGCCAGAUCCAGGAACAGAAGGCCAAGUUUGCCGAGGACCAGGAGCAGGCAGAGAGGGACCUACAGCAGAAGCUCAACGAGAUUGCCACUCCAACCCCGUUCUCGGAGAAGGCCAUACAGAGGAUGGAGAUGAGACGACAACUGAGCGAAGAAACAGCGCAGGAGAGAGAGAAGGAACUUGCACAACAACACCACCAGCAGCAUCAGCAGCAGCAUUCAAGCACUGCCACACUGCGGAGCUGGCUUUGGGGAAGGCAGACGACGGAACGUGUGAAACACCGGUCACCAGUUACGGAACUCCUAUCGCUGACCUCUGACCGCGGCUCGCCGCCACCUGCCCUUAUCAAGCCAUCCUCUAGUCCCGCCCACCUGAGGCCACAGCCACACAACAGCACCGAUCACAGCCUGCACGGCCAGCGUAACUCUGUACCUCCUGGGGUGAGCAACUCCCACUCCUUGUCUGUUAGCGCUAUCCAACAAUGCUUUGAGAACUGUCAGGUGAAGGGGUCUCCCGUGACUGCUUUAAAAGAUCAGAUUGACAAACACUUCAAUGAUUGUUCCCUUGAAUCCUUAGAUCUGGAAUUUGGCCACCCUGACACAUAUCUAUACCCUGCUUCUAAACUAAAGCAGAAAGAUGGGGAAAAGCCGAAACUGUCCAGCAUCCAAAACAGACCCCUUCCAGCCCUACCAAUUGAUAGAAAUGGACACAGUAAAUCUAGUAUACAGCGAUCGUCGCUGCAGAAUUUAUCGUCGACGGACGAUGGUGAUCACACGUCUUCAAGUUGCCACGUUCCUCUCCGAGAGUCAGUCCAUCCGUAUAACCCACGGCGGAGGGAGAGCUCUCCGAAGACUAAGGGCCAGAGGCCGCUGAGCGGAGCAGCAUUUGAUAUAAAAAAAAGCUACAACGGUUACAGCCGGGCAUUAUCAUGCGAUGCCUCGUACUACGGAUACAGAUCCAGCGUCCACUGCCCCCAGGCGUCGCCUCUAGUGAAGCAGCAAAGCUUCCCAGAGACAGAAAGCACAUCUCUGCAGCAGUUAUAUACGUUAGAAGGACAUGGCAAACAUAUUGAGGAACCCUGCUUGCCCGCUAGCUGUCCAAACAACAACAGCAGCAGCAGCAUCACUGACCACCAACAUUGGCGACCAACACUUGACAUUGGGAGGCACUUGUCGCCAAUGGCACGUCAUUCGAGAAAGGAGCCGCAUGCACCUCAGCUCCCUAUUUCCCAGCCUGGACCAACGUCAUCUCCACAGUCGUCAAGGUACCAAAAUGAUAGUCUCUUUCAAUACCAGGGUUAUUAUGAUAGUUCCAUACCGAAUUCACCGUCAAGGAAUUUAUGGAAAAGACUGAAACACUUGAAGAAGAAACGCCCCAUUAAAAUCAAACAUAUCCGAGAUUUGAAACCUCCACUUCUAAACAUCCUGACCUGUCAGGCCACCAAAGCAACAACAAUUCUACUGUGAAAAUGAAGAUAUUUAAAUUUAUUUCAAUUAUUGGGCUUACUACAAAGAGUUAAAUGAGAUUUGGUUACUAUGUCAAGGCUGUUUUUGACUCCCUUCUUCACACACAAUCUUUUUGUUGAUGAAAAUUUGGUUGCUUAAAUAAAAAUAUUUAAUAAGACAUCUUGUAAUUUCUGGUAGAGAUUUGAAAC